CGACUGAGAGAGAAGCAAUCGAUUCCAAGAUGGUUGGGGCUCUGCUCUUUGCCGUUUGUUCCCUUGCUCUGCUUGAAUCCGGGGAGAGUAUCAAAUGCAACACUUGUCUCAUGAAGAGUCCCGAUGCCGAGUGCAUGACUGGGGUCGAAGGCUGCAUGUCUCAGGGAGAAAAAUGCAUGACCAUCCGCAUCAGCCAAGACGGAAAGGAGAAAUUCAGGAUUCUGGGCUGCACCAGACAGAAGAAAAAAGGCUGCGGCGUAAACAAGGAGUCGCACGGCCACCAGGUCAGCAUCCGAUGCUGCUCUUCGGACUACUGCAACGUCUAGCAAAGAGCUGGGAAUCCACCCCAGUCUCCAUAAUUCUCCUCUUCCCGCAUCUGCGCUCCGUUUUGUCUCCCCUCCUCGGGAGCCAAGCCAAGAUGUGAGAAAAAAGCGAGGAAUAGAAACUUACAGAUCUUUGCAAAACUCCCCUGGCUUCUCUGAGAUUUCCCUCAUAUUCCGGAAGAAGAAUGGCUUCUCUUCCUCAUCUCCACCCACAACCCACGUUUGCUUGCCUUCCCCCCCCCCUCUCCUCUCUGCGGGGCGUUUCUCACCCCUCUUGUCUUCCAGAAUAUUUCUGGGGUUGAGCAACAGAUUAUAUUUAGGAAACGUAAAUGACAGAAAUAAACGAUGGAAGCCUGCAAACAGCAAGAGUUGGGGCUUCCAACCCCCCCCCCCUUUGCAUAAUUUCAAAUGCAUGUGGUUGAAAAAUUGUGUGAUUUAAUUGUGUGAUUUUUCAAAUGAUAUUUCGCUGGAAUGGCUCAGUGAGGAAAGAAAAGUGAAAGAGACCAAAGAUAUUUGAAAAUGUGAUGCAAUGCGAAAUAUGAGUAUGUAAUUUAAUUAUUCUAACAAAUAAAGAAUUAUUAGCAAGUU